CAUAAAUGUUGUUUAAUUUUUUAAAGGUUAUACAUGUGAUUUCCCUAUAGCGUCUUACAGAAAAUCACACAGCAUUUAUGUCCGGUACUGUAUUAAAAACAGACUCUAAAAAGGUGGAAAUAAAGUAACUCAGACUAAAAUAUUGUGUGAAAAAGUAUCAACAAGCAAAAAAAAUGUCGAAGAAACGAAAAUUAAUAGACAUUAAAGAUAUCUGUCGAUUUUGUCUGAGUGAUGAUAAUGCAAUGGUUGACAUAACGGCGCCGUAUAUUCAGAAAAAAGUUGAAGCAUUUUCGGCCUCGACUUCGAUAAUUAUUGAAGAUACAGAUUAUUUACCAAAAAAAAUUUGCCACGUUUGUGUUUACAAGUUGGAAUCAUGGUACGACUUUAAACAGCAACUCAAACGAUCAUACUCAAUAUUAUUGAAUUAUUUAAAAACCGGUGAGUUUACUAGAGACAUUACAAAAAUAAAUCCAAACGUUACAAAUGUUUCAUCAACAAUAGAUAAAAAUUCAGUAGAUGGUGUUAUAAAAAAUGAUCCAACAAAAAUGAAUAAACUUUUAUUAGAAUUAAAUGUUAAGAAGGAAAAAGAAGAUGAUUCACUAUCCUAUGUAGAUGAUCAAUUAAAUACCUCAUUACCACUGCUAGAAAAAUCUUUAGAAUCUCUAGAACUUCUUACACCCAAAGUAGAGAGUACAUCAGAAGGUAAAACACCAAUGUCACCAGUUAGAAAUCGUUUGUCAAGUGUUCGACGAACGAGUGAACAACGAUUAGCAUCUACACAACGAUGGGUGGCGAGAAAACGUGCUUUACUAGCAGCUACUGGACAAAAUGAAUCAGACACAGACUCUAUGGGAUCAGAUACAACUCAAUUAUCACCUAUGAAAAAAGCUAGAGUGAAAUGUAAUGAACGAGAACUGGAAAGAAAAAGAAAUGAGCAGGAUAUGAUGAAUGAAUGUAAUCAAGAUGAACUUUUUAAACCUCAAACAAUACAAUCAGAAGUUAGAAUUGGUGAUACAACUUUUGUAGUUACUUCAACUUUGUAUUUGAGUGAACCCCAGUUUCUUAGUCAAUCAUUUAAUAAUCUUAAAGGUCAAAAUAAUGAUGAUGUUGAUCAAAAUAUGGACAUCAUUGAUGCACUGCAAUUGAGAAGAGUGAACGACAACAAACAAGUGAUCGACAAAAUGUUGGAGAAAUGUCUUAACAUUGAAGUAGAAGGCACAGAGUUGGAGGCAUUGCAAAAAGUGCAGGUAGAAUUGGCAUCAUUUGUUGAAACUGAAAUAAAAAAUAAAUUGACUGAUGAUAAAAAAGAUCAAUCUGAAGUGUCAAUAGAACCACCAAAGCCUCAGGACUCUUUUCAGACUCUAGAACAACAGCUGAAGAUCAUUGUUGAGAAGACUAUCAAAAAAAAUCUAGAGAAUUAUAGAACUAGACGACAGGCAAUGAAUAAAUUAAACCGUACAAGUUAUCCAGUUCCAUCAACAUUCGUUAAGGCUGCUGUUAAGUCGCCCAUUUUCCAACCCAAAGUUGUCGUGGAUCGAUUAGACCCUAAAAUACUUCAAGACUUUGUUAAAAGUAAGCCUGAAAAUGAUCCGAUGGAUGUUAAGGAAAACUUAGAGAACUGUCAGGAUUUGGUUGUGCCUGAGAAACAUGUCUGUACCUCAUGUGGAUUAGUAUUUGGAUCGAAAGCUGAAUUAACUGAACACCGUCUUGCUCAUAUUGGUGUUAAAAGACGACUAAUGCGUUGUAAAAGAUGUCAUACUAUUGUCGAGCAUGAACUUGUUAAAUUCCAUGUUUGUAAAAUAAAAAGUCGUCAAUAUCCAGUGAAAAAUCAACCGUCCAACACAGAAGUUAAUUCAGUAAAUCAUCAAGUUCAUCAGAAUGAAGAGGUGAAGAAGAUGUCUACUGUUGAUACCAAUGUUAUCAAAGAAGUAAAUUGUUUUAUUUGUGAAAAGGCUUUUAGUAAUGCUGAAAAGCUCAAAGAUCAUCUACAAAGUCAUUGUGAUGAUAAUGAUGAAAGCAGCAGCAAUAUAAAGGAAAUUUUUCAAUGUGCUAUUUGCGGGAUGACAGUAGAUACUGGAGAGAAACUUGAAAGUCAUGUCGAACAGCAUUUAUUCAAUGAUGCUGAUGAUAAUCCUGAUCUCAUUGACGUGGUAGUUGAUAUGAAGAAACCUGAAUUACAUUCUUGUGUCCAAUGUAAUCAAAAGUUUCAUUCAGAAAUAAAUUUAGCAUUACAUAUGCAAGCACAUGAGGAAGAAACUGCCAUUGCCGAGUGGGAAGAUGAAUAUAAAAUGCAAGGAAUUUAUGGAUGUACUAUUUGUUAUGAUACUUUUGAAAAUGAACAACAACUUGCUGAUCAUUUUGACGUACACAAUUGUAGCUCACAUAUUUGUGUAUUAUGUGAUAAACCAUUUUUGACUUUAGCUGAACUUCAAGAACAUGUAAACACUCAUUAAAACAUUUCUUGCCGAUGUUUGGCAAAUAAUAGUUAGUUUAUGACUUUAUGAUAUUUUAUACCCGUAUGGAAAUAAAUUUCUGGAAAAAACUCUAAAAAAAGUCUGGAUAAUAUCUGGAAAAACUCUGAAUAGUUUCUGGGAAAAGUCUGUGAUUUGGAACAUUACCAGAGUUUCGGUGGUAUUGCCAAAGACUCUGGUGAAUUUCUGGAAAAACUCGGGAAUUUUUAACUAAUGUUGAUUGUUGCUUCUCAGAGAUUCCUGGAGAUUUACCAGAAAAACAACAAUCAGCGUUGGUCUAAAAACUCAGAGUUUUUCCAGAAAUUUAUUUCCAUUAUAAUCUUUAUAUAAUAUUGAUAAUUUACUGUUUAUGAAUUUAAGCUGUUAUCUUCGUUAUUUAAGUACUAAUAGUGUUUUUAUCUGAUAUAAUGAAGAAAAAAAAACAUCUAAAGGAUGGUUGUAAAUAAUCUUUUACUUUAAA